UUCCAAUCAUCAGUCAAUAACACUCUUCCCUAAAUAUUUAUUUCAUUAAAUAUUGUCUAGUAUCUGCUAUGUUCUUUUUACUGGUUGCUGCAAUACUUACUGUAUUCCUCGUGUUUCUUUACAAGAACGUUAAGGUAGAUUUCACAUUAAAAUAUUAUGAAUUAUUCGGCAAAAAGGUUGAUGAAUUGCGUGGUCAGGUUGUGUGGAUCACAGGGGCAUCCAGUGGUUUGGGAGAAUACUUGGCUUAUAGGCUAGCAAGUGCUGGGUGCAAGUUAGUUCUUUCGGCGAGAACAAGACAUAAAUUGGAACAGGUCAAAGCAAAAUGCAUUGAAAUAUCUGGUAAAAAAGAAGAAGAUGCUGACAAAGAUUUUCUUGUUUUACCUUUGGAUGUUACAAAAUAUGACACCAUGCAAGAGGCAGUUAAAACUGUCUUGGACCAUUUCUGCAAGAUUGAUAUUCUAGUGAACAACUGUGGCAGGGGCCAGCGAGGAUUGGUUGAAAACACGGAGAGGAAAGUGGACCAAGAGUUGUUCGAGAUAAACGUGUUGGGUACAAUAUCGCUGACUAAAGCUGUUCUUCCGCACAUGAUUGGGAGGAAGACUGGUCGUAUUGUUGUUGUCUCCAGCGUUUCUGGGAAAUUCGGUACUCCAUCAUCUGCUACCUACUCUGGCACAAAGUUUGCACUACAGGGGUAUUUCUCUGCUUUGCGCUAUGAACUUCAUGGAAAAGGUAUCAGAGUUUUAUUAGUCUGCCCAGGACCAAUAAAGUCGGCUAUUGUGGAGAAUGCCGCAACACAGACAUGGGGCAAGAGUGUAAAAGAUACGCCAUAUGAAUAUGAUUCGACGCAUCGCAUGGAAACCGAUGAAUUUGCAAACUAUAUGGCAAUUGCAAUGGUGAAUGAACUGGAUGAAUGUUGGAUCUCUCCACAACCUGUAUUGUUAGCGACAUAUGUCUCUCAGUAUAUGCCUUCCAUCGCGAAUUGGUUUUUUAAAAGAAAUCUUCUUCGAAUGGUAACCAAAGCCCGGAACAUGAAAGCCAAGAAAGAAGAUUAGAUAUUCAUUGACUGGUCAAUCAAAUUUUACUGUAAUCAUGUGACUUCUCAAGAUGAGUUACGAAUCCGUAGGCGUAGAGUUGCGUUUUUGAAUGAAUAGAAUUAAACUAGAUAUUUAUUAGUCUUUUCCUUAUUGUAAUGCAGUGACGGGUGUACAAUAGCAAGAUUUAGCGCUAUUCCUUGAAUAGUGAUUUUUUUCAAUA